AUGGAGAGGAACACUCCGGUGAGGAAGCCGCAUACUUCGACUGCAGAUCUGCUUACUUGGUCGGAGACUCCAAUCGCCGAUUCGCCAGCUCCGGCUUCUUCGGCUUCUCGUUCUCACCAGCCGUCGGAUGGGAUCAGCAAGGUGGUGUUUGGAGGUCAGGUUACUGAUGAAGAGGUGGAGAGCUUGAACAAAAGAAAGCCAUGUUCGGAGUAUAAGAUGAAAGAAAUUACUGGUAGUGGAAUAUUUGUAGCCAAUGGUGAAGAUGAUGAAACCGAGGAUGGCAGUGCCAACCCUUCUGCAAAUAAAACUGGAAUUCGCAUGUACCAGCAAGCUAUUGCGGGAAUCAGUCAUAUUUCUUUUGGCGAGGAAGAGAGUGUUUCGCCAAAAAAGCCCGCCUCGUUGCCUGAGGUUGCCAAGCAACGUGAGCUCAGUGGAACUAUGGAAAGUGAAGACAAUAAGCUGAACAAACAGCUUUCUGAUGCAAAAUUCAAGGAGCUUAGCGGUCAGGACAUAUUUGCUCCACCACCUGAAAUCAAACCUCGACCAGUAACUGCUCGCAUACUUGAGUUGAAAGGGAGCAUAGACAUCGGAGAUAGCCAUGGCGAUGGAGAUGAAGGCACUACUUCAGGCGAACCGGUUCUGAAGACAGCAAAGAAGAUUCUUAACCAGAAAUUUGCAGAACUGUCAGGAAACAACAUAUUUAAGGGCGACGCUCCACCUUUGUCCGCUGAGAAAUCAUUGAGCGGGGCAAAACUCCGGGAGAUAAGUGGCAGCAACAUCUUUGCUGAUGGGAAGGCAGAGUCUAGAGACUAUCUAGGCGGCGUGCGGAAGCCGCCUGGUGGCGAGAGCAGCAUUGCCUUGGUAUAA